AUGUCUUCCCACCACAAGGCUGUGGCAACCCAGGGCAGUGGGGCUUCUGCCAGGCACCGGGAGGCUGACUUGGUGGGACUGGCCACCCUGCGACCCUUGCUGGAAGAGAAAGCCAAGUGUGUUACGAUCAACUCAACUCAAGCUGAAGAAAAGCAAGCGUACCCCGUGUCCCAGGAAGAAGAGGAGGAGAUGCGGGUAUUGCCUCUCCCUCUGCAGGCCCACCAUGCCAUGGAGAAGAUGGAGGAGUUCGUGUAUAAGGUGUGGGAGGGCAGCUGGCGGGUCAUCCCGUAUGACACGCUUCCUGAUUGGCUGAAGGACAAUGACUACCUGCUCCAUGGCCAUCGACCACCCAUGCCCUCCUUUCGGGCUUGCUUCAAGAGCAUCUUCCGCAUCCACACGGAAACGGGCAACAUCUGGACCCAUCUCCUCGGGUUCCUGCUGUUUCUCUUUUUGGGCAUCUUGACCAUGCUCAGACCGAACGUCUACUUCAUGGCCCCCCUGCAGGAGAAGGUGGUGUUCGGGGUGUUCUUUCUGGGCGCAGUGCUCUGCCUCAGCUUCUCUUGGCUCUUCCACACCGUCUGCUGUCAUUCAGAGAAAGUCUCCCAGACGUUUUCCAAACUGGACUAUUCUGGGAUCGCUCUGCUAAUUAUGGGGAGUUUUGUCCCCUGGCUCUAUUACUGCUUCUACUGCUCCCCAAAGGUUCGGCUGGUCUACCUCUGCACCGUCUGUGUGCUGGGCAUUUCUUCCAUCAUCGUGGCACAGUGGGACAGGUUCGCCACUCCUAACCACCGGAAGACCAGAGCAGGAGUGUUCCUGGGCCUGGGCUUGAGUGGUGUGGUGCCUACCAUGCACUUAACCAUCGUGGAGGGCAUUGUCAAAGCUGUCACAGUGGGCCGGAUGGGCUGGUUCUUGCUCAUGGCUUUUAUGUACAUCACCGGAGCCUGUCUCUACGCUGCUCGGAUUCCUGAGCGCUUCUUUCCAGGGAAAUUUGACCUAUGGCUCCAGUCUCAUCAGAUUUUCCACGUGCUGGUGGUGGUGGCUGCUCUGGUCCACUUCUACGUGGUCUCCAGCCUUCAGGAAUUCCGUUAUAGCCUAGCAGGUGGCUGUACUGAUGACUCCCUGCUCUGA